AUGGCAACAACGGCAAAAUCCCGCCUCUCCUCCCUCGUCGCCCACUUCAUCCCGACCUCCGCCUCUCCCUCCCCCGACGCACCCUCGACCUCGCGCCCCUCAUGGCAAAACUACACCCACACCCUCUCCCCGACCUACUUCCUCCCCCGCGCCGCCGCCAUCGAGCCCGCCGCGCUAGCAAUCUACCACGUGACCGCGAACAAAAAGAUCCUGCGCCGCAGCUACGGCGAGGCGGCCGACCGCGCGCGGGGCUUCGCGUACUUUUUGCUCAAACGCGGCUACAAGAGGGUCGGUAUACUGGCGCCCAACACGCCUGCGUUCUUGGAAGCCAUGUUCGGCAUCGGCGCCGCGGGAGCGGUGAGCGUGGCGAUCAACUAUAGGCUCAAGACGGGCGAUAUUGCGUAUAUCUUCGAGCACGCGGAGGCGGACUUGGUCGUGGUGGAUGCCGAGUACGCGCACUUGCUGGAGGACUACAAGAAGGCGAAUCCCAGUGUGCCGGUUAUCGUGGAUACGGACACGGAUGCCGUGGAGGGGGAGCUGAGUGGGCCGUUUGACGAGGCGGUUACGGAGGGGUUGCGGUGGGAUAGGGAGAAUGGGGGGAAGGGUUGGAGUGGGCUGGUCACGAGCGUGGGGGAUGAGAAUGGGAUUAUCAGCCUGGCGUAUACGAGCGGCACGACGGCGAGGCCCAAGGGAGUGGAGUAUACGCAUAGGGGCGUGUAUCUUGCGGCGCUGGGGAACGUGAUUGAAUCGAGCUUGAAUCCGCCGACGGGGAGGUGUCGGUAUUUGUGGACGUUGCCCAUGUUUCAUGCGACGGGUUGGACGUUCCACUGGGCGGUUACUGCUGUCCGCGGGACGCAUUACUGCCUCCGAAAGAUCGACUAUCCGGAAAUCUGGCGGUUGCUGAAGGAGGAGAAAAUCACGCACUACAACGCAGCGCCGACAGUGAACACGCUGCUUUGCACGGCAAAGGAGGCUGAGAAGCUCCCCGUACCAGUGAGAGUUACUGUAGCCGCUAGCCCACCGACACCGCAUCUGUUCGAGCAGAUGACCAAUCUGAAUCUACAUCCCAUCCAUACGUACGGCCUUACUGAGACGUACGGGCCGAUCACAAAGGGCUACAUCUUGCCCGAGUGGGAUGAGAUACCAGAAAAGGAGAAGUACAAGAAGAUGGCGCGGCAAGGCCACGGCUUCGUCACCAGUGAGGCAGUCCGGGUGGUAAAGACCGACCAGCCAGACGGCGUGAUCAUCGACGUUGAGAGGGACGGAAAGGAGAUUGGUGAGAUUGUCUUCAGCGGCAAUAUCUGCGCCAAGGGCUACUACAACGACCCGGAGGCGACACGAAAGCUGUGGCUUGGAGGCGUGAAUCAUUCUGGCGAUUUGGCUGUGUGGCAUCCAGACGGCGCGGUACAGAUCAUGGACCGCGCGAAGGACAUCAUCAUCAGCGGUGGCGAGAACAUUUCGUCAGUCGCGCUGGAGGCGAUGCUGGCAACUCAUCCGGACAUCCUGGAGUGCGGUGUCGUGGCGGUAGCAGACUCCCACUGGGGCGAAAGGCCCAAGGCCUUCAUCACGAUCGCUCAAGGAAAGACUGUGAAGGGAGAAGACGUGAUAGACUGGGCGAAACACCAGAGUGCGAUAAGCAAGUUCAUGGUGCCGAGAGAAGUCGAGAUUGUGGAUGAGCUGCCCAAGACUUCGACAGGAAAAGUGAAGAAGAACAUCCUGCGAGAAUGGGCAAAGGGCGCGGAUAGAAGCGAUAAGUAG